CUAAAUUUUGUUUUUGUUGAAGCUUGUGCUAUAGUAUUGUUUAUGUUUUCGUUAAAUGGUGUUUGACAGUUAAUAAGUUGGUCGAGCUUCGAAUACUUGUUACUAUGUUUAAUGUAUACUGUGAUAACGUUGCGUAUUUUGUGUGAUGACAUUUUUGAUGGAGCACAUUUAAUCCUUGUUGCUAGUAAUCUUGAAGGUUAAGAACGUUUAUUUGAACAGAAUGAAUUCUGUAGAGUAUCCUCUAAACUAAAAACCCUGAGAAAAAAUAGGAUAAUUUUUAUUAUGAAAUCAACUGCACAGUGCAUCUGGGCAGCAAUUGUGCUGUUUUUCCUUAGUUGUGUAAAUAGUAUUUACAAUAACACUUCACUAAACCCUAUUGUGGUUUCUGGAAACCAUAAUACAGCUUAUACUGUUUCUGUGAAUAUAACUUGUGAAUACAUAUAUGUAUUUUCAUGUGCAGGGGUAUCAUCAAUUCAACCAGCACGUGUGAAUGUGGAGCGUUUUAGCUUAAAUAUUUUUCCAAUUUUUGUGGUUGUGAAGCAGCAGAAAGGAGUUUUGUCAUGGGAACUCCCACUCCAUAUUGAUUCUCAGACAUCUUUAUCAACUUCUCGCACAGUAUGUCCAGAUGAAAAUUAUUUGUUCAAGGACAAUUCACAACUGUUUGUCUCUUUGUCGACAGCGAGCCCAGAAAAUGUGAAUGUUUCAUUACUAGUUACUCAGGAGACUUACUUUGUGGUGAAGUUGUAUGAGGAACGCACUAUAACUGUAUCGCCUGCAGAGCCACGGUACUUUGCUUUCAAAUUUGGCAGUAAAAGUGCAGACACAGUUUUGUUGCAGGUUCAUUCCAAUGAUGAUCUGUGUACAACUGUUUCAAUACAGAAUAUUAGUUGCCCAGUUUUUGACCUUGAACACAACGUUGAGUUUGAAGGAUACUGGCAGACUGUAACCAAACAAGGUGGAAUCACACUUACAAAAAAGUUAUUUCCUAAUGGAUUCUACAUAGUGUUUGUGGUAAAAGCGGAUGACUAUGAUUGUUCUGGCUCAUACACGAGUCUGACGCCUGCCAUCAAUACGUCCGCUCCCUCUCGGAACAAAUCUUUGACAUUUUUUGUGAGGCCAAGCAUUACGCCCGAAGAAUAUUUUGUGGCAGCAGUUUCAGCUGUUGCUGUUUUAGGUGUCUUUUGUAUGCUUUAUUUGAUUUUUUCAGUCAUUUACUUCGUCAGAAACGUCCAUGCUAAUCCUGAGGAGAGAGUGCUGGACGACACCAGCUGGGCUGAUACUGGUGAAGGCAGCAUCCAGGAGUGCCCAGGUCACAGUUUAGCACCUUCAUUCAACCAUUCAGAUUCAUCACUUGAUGAAACUGACAUUGACAUGCUGAUGGACGCUGACAGCGAAAAAGAGAUUUUUAGAACGAAAACAGUUCUUACCGUAGCAGACUUGGCACGCAAACAUCCCCGUGUUUUGCACAAAAAAUCACAGCUAUAUUUGUGGAACUUGCUGACGGUUGCAGUAUUCUACUCAUUACCAGUAGUUCAACUCGUCAUCACAUAUCAGAAGGUUCUCAACCAAACAGGAAACCAAGACUUAUGCUACUAUAACUUCCUAUGUUCACAUCCUCUUGGCCUGCUAAGUGACUUCAACCAUGUAUUUUCCAACAUUGGCUACUUUUGCCUUGGCUUGCUUUUCAUUGCUCUCACAUAUCGUCACAAAACAAUCAGCAGGACACAAAACAAGGUGCAUGGAAUUCCUCAGCACUAUGGACUUUUGUAUGCUAUGGGUGCUGCACUGAUGAUGGAAGGUGUGCUGAGCGGUUGUUACCAUGUGUGCCCUAAUCAUUCCAACUUCCAGUUUGAUACAAGCUUUAUGUACGUUAUUGCAAUGAUGUGCAUGGUGAAGAUCUACCAAACGCGACAUCCUGACAUCAAUGCCAAUGCAUAUGCCACUUUUGGUGUGCUGGCAAUUGUAAUUUUCAUUGGCAUGUGUGGUGUAUUGACUGGAACACCUUACUUUUGGAUAGUGUUCACUAUUGUACAUUUGAUAGUGUGUUUGCUGCUGAGUGUUCAGAUUUACUACAUGGGCAGAUGGAAUUUAGAUGUUGGCAUAUUCAAACGAACAUUGUCUGUGAUAAAACAUGACUUCCUGGCUAAUCCUAGAGAUUGCAUUCGACCAGUAUACCCCAACAGAAUGGUGCUUCUUAGUUUAGGUAAUAUUUUCAAUUGGCUGUUGGCUGGUUUUGGACUUCUGUAUCACUUGCGAGACUUUGCUACGUACCUUCUUGCCAUAUUUAUGGUGAACCUCGUGCUUUACACCACAUUCUACAUUGUCAUGAAGUUGUGCCAUAAGGAGAAAAUACUUAUCCAGCCUCUAAUCUACAUUAUCAUGGCAUUGCUUUCAUGGAGUGCUGCACUUUACUUCUUUUUUAAUAAGUCAAUUUCUUGGGCGUUGACGCCAGCAGAGUCGAGAGCUUACAACCAGCCUUGUGAACUUCUUGAUUUUUAUGAUAAACAUGACAUUUGGCACUUUCUCUCUGCUGCAAGUAUGUUUUUUUCGUUCAUGGUCUUGCUAACCUUGGACGAUGACUUGACAACCGUGGAGAGAACAAAAAUUCCUGUGUUUUAAUGUAGUCAAGGAAAUAUUUGGUGCUGACUUGCUGUGAAUUUUUUAUUGUUUUUUUUUUACUUUAUAUGUCUAAAAUAUACUUUUAUGUUGAAAUUUAUGUAAUUAAUGAUGAACAUUGUAUAUAGUGUUAUGUUUAUUGUGUUACUUACCAAUGACUUUAAGUCAUUGAUGGUUUUAAAGAUAUGUUUUUAUAAAGUUGUUAAAUAUUAGAAGUACAUAUUCUUUGUUAACAAUGUGUGAAUGUCUACAGAGGCUUGCAUUUCUGUCUAGCCCAGGAAUCUGUACCUAGGGCAAACCACCUUGUCUCACAUAGUGUACGUAUUAAGAAGACUUUUAAAAAAAAUUUAAGUAAAAGUAUUAACUAUAUAAUCUAAGUACAGCUAUGAAAUGUUACCAUGUUGGCAUUCUGUUAUCUUGAACUUGUUCCUCCAAAAGUUCAUGACAUUUAAAUCUUUCACAUUUACUAUUAAAAUGUAAACCCACGAGGCCAUGAAACGUAUAAAACAUUUUUUGAAAUUAAUAAGAUCAAUGAACUAAGUUCACCUGUAACAUUAUAGUCGCACACUAACUACAGUACACUCAUGAUUAUCUGCUCUUAUCAAGGGAAGCAUUGCCACAGAGAAUUCAAACUUGCAGAUUAUCUAAAAUGUUUUUGCCCAUUCAAAAGUUACGUGGACCUGAUAAAGCAUUUAAAUUGCACUAUUGAAAUAUUUACAAUGGUAAUUUGGGGACUUGAAAAUGUUAAAUCAAUUUUUUUAAUGACUUCGGUUAAUUUUAAUAAUGAGCAUUUUCUGAAUAAAUGUGUACUUUAGAAAGUAUAAAACCUCUUGUUGCCAAAGAAAGCAUGAACGAGCUAUGCCUGGUUAAAAGAAAAUGGCUAAUGCAACAUUUAUUUUCAGUAGCUCAAUGCAAGAAAAUGAGUGAUUUUAUUGUUAAAUUUUAAAUUAUGUCACUAGUCACAUGUCUUCCUACCAAAUUGACACUGUAGAAGGGCUAUUCAGCAUCUUGUUGUUGCCAGAAAAAGCAUAAGCACCAAGUGCAAUAAAUUUAGCUGAGUUGUACUUAAGUCCAUAUUAGGUGGCUCCUUAUGGGAAAGUUAAAUGAAUUGUUAAGAUAUGACAAUUUCAGUAGGUAGGCAGUAGGUGCAAAUACAACCUCUUGGUGUGGCCAAAAGAAAGUACAAACAAGGAAUGGUGCCUAGAUUUUCAGGAACUGUUUGCAACAACGUAAUAAGUGUUAUAGUCAAUAUAUACAAUUAUUUGGUUUUUCACAUGUUUUCUGAAGAAAAUUUUAUCACAGAAGGGGAUUGUCAACUUCUAAUUUUCGUAAAAAGCAAGAGUAAGCACAAAAAAAUGCUUUAGUUUUAGAGAAAAGUGUGUGCAAAGUUAAUUUUCAGUGACCAAGUUCUGAUGGGCCUGAAAAGGCGAAACUGACGUGUAUGGGGAUGCCGGCUGGCAGAUUGUUGGGACUGUUGGACUGUAGGAAUUCCCACAGUUUGGCCAGCAGACCGUGCCACCUGUCAGGCAGAACUGAUGUUUAUUGGGGAUGGCCACUCCACUGGUUGGGUUUUCAUUCAGUUUACAUACAUGCAAAGAAAAACAUCAUCACAAUGUGGUCUAAUGAUUAUGAAUUGACAAACCGAAUUAUAUGUGUGUGGGGAGCCCGUCUCAGUUCAGCCUGUUAGUCAAAACUGUACAUGUGUAGGGCUCCUUAUUUAGGGAGAAAAACAAAAAAAUUCAAUGAGAUGGUAAAUUAAUUUUUGUAGAUAGACUUCACAGAAAUAAAACUCUACUAUAAAAUAAUAAAUAGGACCACUUCAAGUGUAAAACAAAGUUUAAAUGCAGAGCUAAACAGAUAAUCCACCAGUGGAUAAUCAAGAGUUGUCUGUAAUUUUAUAUACGUAUAUAAAAUAUUAUAUAUUAGUGAUGUAUCUGAAAAAAACAAUAAAUUUUUUGAACAACUGUAAUUUCAGAAAAUUGGUAAUCCAUGUUCAAUGCCUGAACAAGAAUAUUUGCUGAAGAAUAAAAAUUAUUAAAAAGUUAGUCAUGCACCUGGUUUAAAUGCCACAUGUACAAGAACGCCUAUUUAUUUAGUUUGCUUGAACUUGGAAAAUGCUUAUGUUACCAUUCCAAUACAAAGACAUAAUUGUGUUGUAAUGAAUAAUUUCUGAACAAUACAACGAAAAAAAGUGUGUUGGAUUGUGUAGGUGUUAGAACAGUAUAGUGGGCAUGAAGACUUAAAUAUGGUCAUUAUGUACACACUGCAAUGCCAAUCAAGGACUGUGUCAUUUACCAAUAUUUUUAUGACCAUUGAUAAUGCUGAGUUUGUGAACUACAGAAGAGAAUGAAAUGUAUUUAUUUUCAUAUGUGUUCAAUAAAAAAAAGUACUUGCUAUUUUUAA